AUGUAUCGCCACGAGGGAUCAAAUGCGAGUACCUCAGCAUUGACCAAUGAGGACUGGUGGAAUAAUUGUAUCUACAAUGAAGCCCCAACAGGAGUAUAUGUGGAAACCCAACAGUUGAAUUGCGUGGGACCUCCGCCGGCUGUAUCAUCAAGCAAGGUGCCAGAAUUCGACUGGGCGACUUAUCCGGAUGUCAUAAAUGUCGAGCAGCCGCUUCACCCGCAAGUCUAUCAGCAGAGAGUACCAACUCAGCAAGAAAUUCGAAAAUCCUUGCUAAAGCUAAAGGCAGAACUUCUUCAUGAUCUGGAUUUGCUCGAUGACGGCUCCUAUGGUUUCACGCCCCCGUAUCAUGCACAGGACAGUUGCAAUCCCUCAAUGGAAACACUCAAUCUUCCCAUAACUCAAUUGUUUCACCAUUCAUCUUGGCUUUUGGAAAUUGUGCACUCCUUCCGUGGCACAAGCAAUACAUCCGACGAUGAAUCUGGCUUGGCCCUGUCGACCCAACUUUAUCCGACUCAGAAUUGCCAUUUCGAAGGUUCAAUCAGCAAUAAUUCAGAUUCUGGCGAAAGUGGCUUAGAAGAAAGUGCAGCCAUAUCAUCCCCUACUGAUUCAGGAUAUCAGACCAGGAUCACUUCUCCUGGUCAAACGACGCUCCCAUCUUAUGACGUAACGCUAUGGCUUAGCGUCCUCGAAGCACAUUGCUAUUUAGCACGCAUCUAUCGCGCUAUUUUCACUCGUCUGUAUCAAUUGUUUCUUAUCAUCCCCCCGAAUGAAGCGGAUGGAUUUUUACUGUUGCCAGCACUCCGGCAUGGACCUACCCAAUUGGAUGGAAAUUUCACCAAGCAAGUAAAGACACUUGUUGAGAUUGGCUCUACAAUGAUGGGCGAAAUUGUAGUCGCACUUAGAUGGUGCUCUGACUACGAUCAAGCUCACGUGGAUGGGGAGUUCAGUGUGCUCGAAAGAACGUCUGAGAAUAGUUGGACAACAUCUAUUCGCGAAUGUGUACUUGCACAGGAACAAGACCCAUGUGAGAUGCCUUUGGUGGAUAUCAUGAAGUGUUUACGCCAACUUCUUAGAGAUACGGUGGUUCCUUAG